GGAAUUUCACGGUUAGGGCCGCCGCGGUUUCGUUCCCUAUCGAUCAUUAAAUUCGCGACAGUAGUUGGCGAAUAGUUGUCGGCUCUCUGUUUCAACUUACCACGCCUUCGUUCGAUACACGAGCGACGCACGCGAUAUGAGAGAGAGAGUUGCGUAAUGGCAUUUCCGAUUGUGUGUACGUAUGUAAAUCGUCGUUUCUUAAAUCGACGUAUCGUCCACAAAUCGUUCGUGCAAAUUCUCCGACGCGAGAUUUAGGGUUGUAGCGCACAGAGUUGUUGUUGUUUUAACAACAACGCGCGUGGAACGUGCAUAUUUCGCGUGUAAUUCGGUAUAUACGCGCGAACACACUUGGCCCGUGGCCAGCGAUAUGUACGCGAGAGCUUUCAACGAGAGAUAUUCAUACGACGCGAGAUUUUCAUAGUGGACAACCAGUCCGGCGAGAGGCUGGAAUUAACCAAGGUGGACAGGAGGCAAAUGGGAGCUUACCUUUGUAUAGCGAAAAACGAAGUACCCCCAGCGGUCAGCAAGAGGGUCUAUCUCAGAGUGAACUCUCGCCAUUGGACACGGACGUAUCGCUGAUCUGUCUGAUCGAGGCUUACCCAAAGACCAUCAACCUGUGGACUAGAAAGGAGCAAGUCAUUAUGAGCGGCGGCAGAUACGAAAUCGACGAGAGGGGACAUCCGGACGAGGAGUGGAAGACAACGAGCGAGCUGAAGAUAAGACGUUUAGAGAAAACGGAUUUGGGGGAGUACACGUGUUCAGCGUCGUCAAGCAUGGGGAAAGCCAACGCCACCCUCAGGGUGCACGAGAUCGAACGAGCAACCUCGCCCACCCGGACAACCUCGGCAAGCUGGAACAAGCUGAGCAAGGGUAGAUCGAAGUUCACCCAAGUCACCACGAUCAAUCGGAUUUUGCAUCAGAUGAGCACGCCGGCCAUGCAGAAGAGCACCGCGAGGAUCGUUUACAGCAAGCACGUGACCACCUCGACGACGGUGGACCCGCGGGCGCCAUUCAUCAAAGACAAAAACUUGUUCAAGAGUCGCGAAACGCCGAACGUGAGGAGUUGUGCCGACGCGAGCGAAACCAUCGCGCGAGUUUACGCGCUCUGUUUGCUCUUCUUUCUCGCCCUACGGUAAAAAAGAAAAAAGAAAGAAAAAAAAAAAUCCG